AUGCAAAAUCUAGUGAACAAUUUAAAAAGUGCUGCCCUACAAAUCGGCGAGACCUUCACCCCAGUGCUCCGAGAGUCAAAAUUCCGUGAAACCGGAGUUCUAACACCGGAAGAAUACGUGGCGGCCGGCGAUCACCUCGUCCAUCACUGUCCCACGUGGAAAUGGGCCGGCGCGUCGGAUCCGUCGAAAAUUCGCACGUUUUUGCCGAUUGAUAAGCAAUUUUUGAUUACGAGGAAUGUUCCGUGUCACAAACGAUGCAAACAAAUGGAAUACGACGAGAAAUUGGAAAAAAUAAUCAACGAAGAAGACGGCGAAUAUCAAACCAGUGACGAGACGGGAUGGGUCGAUACUCAUCAUUAUGAGAAGGAACACGAGAAAAAUGAAGAAAAAGAGCAAUCAACUGCUCCACCACCAGCUGCCCCAGAGGACUCUGACGACGACGACGAGGAGCCGCUGGAUCUGGAUGAGCUGGGCCUCGACGACGACGAAGAGGAUCCCAAUCGAUUUGUAGUUGAGAAGAAGCCGCUGGCCGCCGGCAACGAUAAUUCGGGAGAAGUCGAAAAAGUUCGGACCUAUGAUUUGCACAUUUGCUAUGACAAGUAUUAUCAGGUUCCCCGGCUCUUCCUGAUGGGCUACGACGAGAACCGGCGCCCGCUGACCGUCGAGCAAACUUAUGAGGACUUUUCCGCCGAUCAUUCCAACAAAACGAUCACUGUUGAAGCUCAUCCGUCUGUCGAUCUCACAAUGCCCACCGUUCACCCGUGCAAACACGCCGAAAUGAUGAAGCGGCUUAUCAAUCAAUAUGCAGAGUCUGGAAAGGUGCUCGGUGUGCACGAAUAUCUGUUUUUAUUCUUGAAAUUCGUGCAGGCGGUCAUUCCGACUAUUGAGUAUGACUAUACUCGUGCUAUUAAAUUGUAAAUGUUUCAAAUUGAUGUUUCUAUUCGCUCACCAACUUGUAUUUUGUAUGUAAAUGAAGAAAUUGUUGCAUU